AUGGACAGGCAGGCGUCAUCUGGCGGACACGGAACUCUCGAAAUCCGUGAUGUGACGAAAGUUCUAGAACAAAAUCAGAUUCCAUGUUGUGUUGUUGGCGUGUCCGCACUCAUGUUCUACGGCGUACCGCGAGUGCGAGAUAAGUGGGAGAUCUGUAUACCAACUGAAAAGGUGAAGGAGGCAGUUGACAUAUUACGGAAGCGCAACGAAUACAUCCAAACGAAUGAGAAGCGGAUUCCUCAGCCCAUGUCGCUCGCGCAUACGUAUACGUGGUUUCGAGGCAAUAUGUUAAACUUCGAAUUUUGCUUAGUACCCUCUACGCACGCACGAAUACCGGUCUACAGAAGCGUUGUAUGCAGAAGCCCAAAUGGGGUUCCGUAUGCACCGCUGGAGGAGUUGGUACAGAGCUACUUGGACACGCACGACCUGGUUUCUCUUUGCGAUAUUGUUGAUGGAGCAAAUCUCAGUUAUGAAUGGGGGCAGAUACACCUAAAUCUGAAUGGAACAACUGACGUGGAAUGGGCACAGCAACGUAAUGCAGAAUUGAUGGGAGGCGAGGGAAUGUUUGAUCCGUCUCUGCUUGGCAGCGUGUUCCCGACAGCUCAGGUUGAAAAGACCUCGCUGUGGCGGAAGACCACGGAAGAUAAGAAGCAGAGGUUAGAACAGAUGAUGGUGCCGCAAGACUUGUUUGAGACACGGUUUAUGCUGAAAGGAUCAUCACCCGAACCAUGGAGAGAACAGCGCCACUCAUCUUAG